CAAAUAUUUACUUCCCGCCUAAUGUUCAUGAUAAUACGGAAAAAUUGUAUACUAACUUGAUUUUACCGCGAAACUCUGAACUUGUGACCUACUGAAAAUAGCUGUAUUACAAUCAUUCGUACUAAUAAAACUGACGAGUGUCGCUGCAAAGGUUUCGGAUUUCGUUUUUCUUUACAUUACUAGAAAACUACACAUAUUAAUAAUGGUGAUUUAUUAAAAUUUGUUGAGUGCUCUGUAUCGUGCAGGUAGCUUUCAGAAUACAACGAAAAUGGUUUUUGACGGGCUAAAGCUUAUGAAAGGGCACACAGUUCAUCCUUCAACAUCAGACCGUGAUGCUAAAUAUGGAACUAAGACCCCAUUGGCCCGUGGGCCGUAUGGUUCUUGGUGUACGCCAGAGACCUCGCCCAUUCAUCACCCGUUGACGCAAACAAACUCGAACAUCGAAACAAAAACUCAGCUUCAAGAUCAGAAACGGUUUCUAGAAGCGAACAGUACUGUCUUCCCGCUGCAGAAAGUCAGACUUUUCUCUACAAGCCCUCCUCCAGACUAUAUUUCGAGCAUAGAAGAUAAAAAGGCCAUAACUGAACUCAAAGAGCUAAAAAAAAACUACAUCACCAAAACAACUUCUGGUGAUAAACCACCGCCAAUUCAAGAGGAACCGGAUUGCGAACCGGAGUAUCCGCAGAGUCCUAUACCAGCCUCCCCGACGCGGUACACGAAAUGCAAGGGAUUCCUUCUAUCCACAUUUUGCGAUCCGUACAUGCCAAUCGAUCCUCAAGGUCGUCUCUACAUAGGAUGGCUCUGUCUAGUAACAUUCUGCUACAGUUACAAUGCUUGGGGGAUAGCUCUACGCUCUACAUUCCCUUACCAAACACCAGAAAAUACGCCCAUGUGGUUGGCAGCCGACUAUUUCAGUGAUCUAGUGUAUCUGUUGGAUGUCGCAUUCGUGAAGCCAAGGUUGAUGUACUUACACGAAGGGUUCUGGGUCGAUGACCCCGUCGAAACCAGGAAAAAUUAUAAAAGGAAGGUUCAAUACAAGUUCGAUGUCAUCUCGCUCACACCCCUGGACGUGCUAUAUUUCUAUUUCGGCACGCAGAAAGCGAUCCUCCGGUUCCCGAGGUUGCUAAAGCUGCAAACGUUUUGGGAAUUCAAUCAGGCGAUGGAUCGAGUGCUUGCCUCGCCCUACGUUGUCCGUAUAGGCAAGACAUUGUGCUACAUAUUCUACUUGAUCCACUUGAACGCGUGCGCGUAUUACGCGAUGAGCGACCACAUCGGGCUCGGUUCGAACGGUUGGGUUUACGACAACGAAGGCAUCGCCUACAUCAGAUGCUUCUACUUUGCAACUAAAACGGCCACGUCCAUCGGGAAGAAUCCGAAGCCGGAGAACACGAUCGAGUACCUGUACAUGACCGCGGCCUGGCUGAUGGGCGUGUUCGUGUUCGCUCUGCUCAUAGGCCAGAUCCGGGACAUCAUCGCGACCGCAACAAGGGCCAGGACAGAGUACCGCAAGGCGCUGGACGGGUGCGCGCGCUACCUGCGGCGACUCAACCUGCCGGCCGCGCUGCAGCGCCGCGUCACGCUCUGGUUCAACUACACCUGGAGUCAGCAGCGAUGCUUCGACGAGGCCAAAAUACUGAACUGGCUUCCGUCGAACAUGAAGCGGGACGUGGCGUUGGCCGUGCACAUGUCCACGCUCAGCAAGGUGCAAUUGUUUCGUGACUGCUCGGACUCUCUACUCCGCGACUUGGUGCUCCAGCUGAGACCCGUAUCGUUCCUGCCCGGGGACCUGGUCGUGAGGAGCGGAGACGUGGGGCACCAGAUGUACAUCAUCAAGACCGGAGAGUGCUGUGUAAUGUCCCAGGACGAGACCGAAGUGCUGGCGACGUUAAGGGAAGGAUCCGUCUUUGGAGAAAUCAGUUUAUUGGGCAUCGAGGGACUGCGACGGCGGACGGCCACAGUUCGGUCGCGUGGAUAUUCGUCCCUGUUCGCGCUCUCCCGUAGCGACUUGGACGCAGCUUUAGAGUACCACAAAGAAGCAGCCAAGGUUCUCCGCAUAAGGGCGGAUCAAAUCAUCAGGGAGAAUGCAGCAAGACAAACCAAACAGAGGCUCGCUGCGUUGGAAGCCAGGAAAUCCGCUGAACUAGCGAAAAGACAGGAAUCGGCGCUUAGAAGGAAAUCUACCGUCUCUGGUCACAGCAAUGCCACUGAAGGACGGAGACUGAGGGCUCCCAGUGCGACCUCCAAGCGAAGGUUGUCCACUGUCUCCGAGAAGAAGAAUCCUCGGGCGAGAGGCUAUCGAACUUUGGCAUCGACGUGCACCGGAAUACGGACUCCGCUGCCUACCAUUGUAUUUACAGCUGAAUAAAAAUAUACAAUAAACGUUUCUAGUCAUAUAGACUCUUCAUUAGUAUGUUGUGUAUCCACUCUAAUAAUAUCUAACUCUAACUAUAAUUAUUAUAAUAGGAAUAAAGUAUUAAUCAUAUUCUGUGAAAAUUAUACGUUUUAUGACAUUAAAAUGUCCAUUAGUUCCUUCAGGGGUGUGUUAUAAGAAUUUCUAACAACACAUUCAGUGCCAAAUAUUAUUUUUCAAAUAAUUGCAAUUCGCUUUUUUUUGUUUCAUUUAUAUCAUCAAACACUUUUAAUAUCAUGCCGUUAAUGGAACACUUUAAUUAUUUAAUUCAUUUUCUAUCAGUUAUUCACAUUCACAAAAACAUGUUAAUUUUGUUUUAUUCAAUUAACAUAUACCAGAGAUGAAGAUAACUUAGACAAUGUUAUUUAAAAAAAUUAAAAUAGUGUCAUUGGAAUGUGUCCCUAACAAGUUCUAAUUAUACAUAAUCCAGCUCAAAAUAAAAGGCAAUACGUUACUUUAAAUAAAUACGUAUGUACCUAUGGAAAACUUUUUGGCGGGAACGGCAUGUAUUUCAUUUUGACAGUUUAGUAUUUCUUCAGAUCAUAGAUAAUAAAUACGCUUAAAAUGUAAUGAAGGAGGCUCAUUUUUCGUUCAGUAUUUGUAACUUUGGAAUAUUGCUUAGCUAAUUGGAACAAAAUCGCGGGACAUAGAUUCCUAUAUAGUUUUAUAUAGAGCAUGUAGAAAUAAUUAGAAGAAUUAACAAAGGAUAAAUGGUCGAGUUACGGUGGGCGAAAACAAAAUUUUAAAAAUAUGUGUAUCAUUACUUAAUUCAUCUGUGAAAUAUACGCUAUACGUAAAUAGAUGUUUAUUUUUUAAAAUUUUAGAUUCUUAUACGUAACUAUAAACUGCAAUUAUCAUUUAUAUGUGUGAUGAUAUAGAUAAUAAAAUUAAAUUAAUAAUUAUUUGAAUUAAAUGUUCAAAAUAUA